CCACAAACGAUCCAAAACCACCAUCAUGUACACGGCCAAGCCCAAGACGACUCUCAAAGCCAAGCAAGCGCAGGAUGCGGCCAAGGUCAAGGUCAAGAAGGGACCAUCCGUGGAAGAAUGCGUGGCCAGGCGUGACUUUACGGGCGCCGCGACCAUUCUCGAGUUUAACGUCAAGAGCGACGACACCAAGGUCGAAGACAAGCGGAUGCACUUGCUGUGGCUCGCCUACUGCUACUUCCACUUGGGCCAUUACCAGCGUGCGUUGGACACAUACGAAGAAGUGCGUGAUCCACCCGAGGACGUGUUCUUGUUCCGUGCGUGUUGCAUGUACUACCUCCAGCUGUACAAGGAAGCCACGAAGGAGGCGCUGAAAGGUCCGUCGUCGAACCCGUUGCAGAACCGCAUUCUGUUUCACUGUGCGCACAAGCUCGGGGACGAAGACAAGCUGCUCGUGUACCAUCAAAAGCUGUCGCAAUGCAAGGAGGACCAGCUGUCGUUGGCCGCCAUCCACUACCUUCGCAAUCACUUUCAAGAGGCCACGGACAUUUACAAGCGAUUGUUACUGGAAAACCGCGACGACAUUGCAUUGAACGUGUAUGUGGCCAUGUGCUACUACAAGCUCGACUACUACGACGUGUCGCUGGAAAUCAUGCAAACGUACCUGCAAGCGUUUCCAGACUCGGUGAUUGCCAUCAACGUGAAAGCGUGCAACCAGUUCAAGCUGUACAAUGGCAACGCAGCCAAAGACGAGCUGAGGGCGUUAACCGACAAGGGCUACAACAUUGAAAACAACGACCUCGUGAAUCACAACAUGGUUGUGUUUGACGACGGGCAAAACGCGCUGCGGACGCUGCCGCAAGUCGUCGACUCGUUCUCGGAAGCGAGAUUGAACUUGGUGAUUUACUACCUCAAGCACGGCAAAGUCCAAGAAGCGUUCGACUUGAUCAAGGACAUUGAACCGUCCACGCCCCAAGAGUACAUAUUGAAGGGCGUCGUGCAUGCGACACUGGGGCAGCAAACGAAUUCGCGCCAACACAUCAAAACCGCGCAGCAGUACUUUCAGCUCGUGGGGAGUUCGCCGACAGAGUGCGACACGAUUCCCGGCCGCCAGUGCAUGGCGUCGUGCUUUUACCUGCUCAAGCAAUUUGAAGAUGUCAACAUUUACCUUAACUCGGUCAAGCAGUACAUGUACAACGAAGACGACUUCAAUUGGAACUUUGGCGUGUCGCUAUGCAACACGGGAAGCCACGCCGAGGCGCUGGAGACGCUGCUGCGGAUCACCAAGGACGAGUACAAACACGACUACUGCUACAUUUCGUGGUUGUGCCGAUGCUACAUUCUCAAUGCCAACCCAUCGAGUGCAUGGGAUUUAUACUUGAAGCUUGACAACUCGGACGAGUCGUUCAAUUUGCUCCAGUUGAUUGCGCACGACUGCUACAAGAUGGGCGAGUUCUUUUACGCGGCUAAAGCAUUUGACGUACUCGAACGACUGGACCCGGACCCAGAGUACUGGGAAGGCAAGCGCGGCGCGUGUGUUGGAGUGUUUCAAAAGGUCGUGGCGGGCAAGGCGUCCCAUGUUGAGCUGGAAGAAGUGUUUGGGAUGCUCAAGACCAACAACAACCCCCAAGUCGAGUACAUUGUGCGCAUCAUGAAGAAGUGGUGCACCGAAAACGGCAUUUCGCUCUAGUUCUUGCCACGCCAUCACCACCACCAUCACGACAUAUACCUACCUACCUACCUGAUAACUCAUCCAAGGACAAAUAUAUAUAUAUAUAUAUA